AUGAAAAAGAUAACAUAAAAUGGAAUAGCUCACAAAAGGUAUUAUCUUCUUAUGAUCUAAGCCACCGUACAAUAAUUCAUCAAAUCCACAACCAAUGGGGAAAUGAAAUGCUCCAAUGAGUUUGUGACAUAAGUCAUGUCUUUGGCUAGGGACUAAUACUAUCUGUCUGGAAAAUGGAAAAAAACAAUAUCUGGAGAGUUUUUCUAUAAAGCUAUUGUAAAAUUGAGAUUAGAUGGAUAAAUUCCAUUUCUUUCAGAAAUGGAAGAAGAAAUUAAAGAGGAAGUUAAUUUAAAGUUUUCAUGCGAUUAUAAGGUGAAAAAUUAAAAUAAAGCAAGGUUUCAAGACGAAGAACACUUGAAGUAGUUAGAGGAAUAGCAAAAGGAGUUAUAUGAAAAAGCAAAAUUAGUGAACAGUAAACUCAUUUUUGAGGAAGAAGACAAUAGUAAACCCAAAAAAGCAUUGAACUUACAAUUCAAUCAAGAAUAAGAAGAUCUUUAAUGA